AUGGUUUAUGGAGACAAACUGGACUUGGAGGUGAAUGCAGUGGCUCUCAGGCUGUCUUAUGUUGGCAGCGCUCAGCUUCAUUCCCCUUUGCCUCCUGCCUUCUGUCUUCUCCCUGCCCUCGCUGCCACUUUCCCAGUCUGGGUAGCUGUCGAUGCUAUUUCUGUGGAAACUACACAGGAUGUCCUUCGGGCUGCUCGAGGCAACAGUGUCACCCUUCCGUGUACCUACAUCACCUCUGCUCCAGACCGAGAAGGACUUGUUCAGUGGGAUAAGCUUCUCAGGAGUGAAACGGAAAGAGUGUUCACGUGGAAUUUUGCAAAGGAAAGCUACAUCUAUGGGACCCGUUAUGAGAACCGAGUGAAAAUAUCUAACGAUGUCCAGCUGUCAGAUGCCUCCAUCACCAUUGAUCAGCUGACCAUGGAUGACAAUGGCACCUACGAGUGCUCCGUCUCGCUGCUGUCAGAUCUGGAAGGUACCUCCAAGUCUCGAGUCCGCCUCUUGGUCCUCGUGCCACCCUCCAUGCCGGCCUGCGGCAUCGAAGGGGAGACAGUGAUUGGGAAUGACAUCAAGCUGACAUGCCUGUCUGCGGAGGGCUCUCCAAGCCCACAGUACAGCUGGAAGAGCUACAAUGCCCAGAACCAGCAGCGGCCGCUCACCCAACCAGCCUCAGGCCAGCCCUUGAUUCUGAAGAACAUCACAACGGAUAUGGCUGGGUACUACAUCUGCACCUCCAGUAACGAGGUGGGGGUAAAGUCCUGCAACAUCACCGUGGCUCCCAGACCUCCUUCCAUGAACAUUGCACUGUAUGCGGGCAUUGCCGGGGGCGCAUUUGCAGCCCUCAUCAUCAUCGGCAUCAUUGUCUACUGCUGCUGCUGUCGGGAAAAGGGAGAGAAAGCUGAGGACGUGGAGGACACAAGGCCGAACCGAGCUGCUUACCAAGAGCCUCGAGAGCAGCGGACAGAAGUUUCCAGAGGGAGGGAAGAUGAACAUGACUACAGGCAUGGGGACCAGAGGAGCUCAGGGCGUAGCUCGCCAGAACAACCGUUCCAGUAAAGGGGGCCUGUAGCCUAGUGGGAGAGGAGGGCUAGGGCCUGGUCCCCUGCUUCUGGCCUCUUUUCCCUCUAGUCCCAUAAUCCUGCCCACCCCAACAAUUGGUGGAGGGCAUCUUCCUCUCUCUCU